AAACCUGGGUCCUGUGAAGUUUCUAAAUUUCUUCCAGCUCAUAGACUAUGUCGGCGACAGUGGACACGACUAUUCACUGGAAAACCACCAUUAUCAUCAGUAGUUCACUGCAGAAUCAUGAGACAAAAAGGAUGCUGAGUGUGCUGCAGCACAGGAUCAGACUUUCAGAUACUGUUGGGUCUGGAACCUUUAUUUUUCCUGUGUCAGGUACUGCAUUUUUGUUGGUUGACCCUCAAGAUCUCUCUGAUCCUUGUGAUGAUUCAGAAUUCUUUGAAAAGAUAAGGAUGUUUGUGCAAGUUCACCGUAACAGCUUUCUACUUCUGCAUGUCCCAUUUCUUGAGGAAAAGGAACUGAAAACGUUGUCUGUGAUUCAGAACAGAUUCUUCAGCACCAAUCUCAGAAUUCUCCCUGUCAGAAACAACAAGGAGAUUGUCAAAGGAAUGUUGACAAUUGCCAAGGCCACUAGCAAGCCCCACGUGGACAGCAUCCAGGAGCGGAUGACUCUGGCUCGGGAACACGUCAUUGCCAACAGUCCUGUUUGGGAGAUGCUCAGAGGCAUACUGCAAAGCUCAGCAGACAUUCCACCAUAAAGUGACAAGAACCAGUAAAAGCAACAGCUGCAACUCUGUGUCAGGUUCAAAAUAUAUCAGCACUGCACAACACCUGAUUUAACUGUUAACAGGUUUAAUGUUAAUGAGUUCUAGGUGGAAUAAAGUGAAGUUGUGUCUUGGA